CUUCGAGGAGAUCUAUAAAUUCCAGCGGCAGAUCCUGCGGGUGAAGGACCGGGACGAGUUCCCGAUGGUCCUGGUCGGGAACAAAGCGGAUCUGGAGCACCAGCGGCAGGUGACGCAGGAGGAAGGACACCAGCUGGCGCGGCAGUUGAAAGUUCCGUAUCUGGAAGCCUCGGCCAAGAUCAGGAUGAACGUGGAUCAGGCGUUUCACGAACUCGUGCGCGUUGUCAGGAAGUUCCAUGAACAGGAGUGCCCCCCGUCCCCGGAGCCGACGCGGAAGGAGAAGGACAAGAAGGGUUGCCAUUGCGUCAUUUUCUAAGAACUCGAACUUUUGGGUCACUUUAUUAUUUUUUUUGCCCAUCCAGUUUUUUUUUUUAGCAUCCUGCUGGAAUCUCGUGUCUCUCCUGUCACCAGGGCGGCCUUAGUCCACGACAGUCUCAGCCGACUCAACCCAGAGGUGGCGGGGAGUGGCCUAUCGUUACCCCUCCCCCCAGACCACGAAGAAGGCGGAUCUACGCUCGUCAACUCCCCCUUAUCUCCCCGCCCCCCCUGGUCCUGAGCCGCUACGAACUUCACAAUUUUUUUUAUUUUUUAAUCCGAUUCCUCCACUCCAUUCUACACUAAUCCCAUCGACCACGGCGCGGAGGGAGAUCGGCGUCCUUUGCGUCUUCUCCGUUUUUGAAGGGCGCACCGGGGUUUUUAAUUGCCUUUGUCACUGUUCUUAUUCACUUUUGUGUGUUUUUUUUUUUUUAUUAAUUAAUUUUGCACACGUAGAGUUGCGCCGCGCGUCGCGUGCAAGCGCAGACAUGCCUUGUGCGUCCGAAGGAGGAUUUCAACUUCCGUUUUACUCCGGCGUGAAAUAGUUUUGGGACAAUCCGGGAUUAGGUUUUUUUUUUUUUUCUUGGGCGGGAGGGUCACCGCCGCUUGUCCCGCUCUUGGCGAGUUGCGUUGACCGCGGCGGCCAUUGUCUGUGUGGGUCACGUCCGUGUUUUUGGGAUCCGAUUCAAUCAGCGAUUGUAGCAUCUUUUUCAGCCAAGGAACAAGGACUCGGGCGUACCGCGAUGUCAAAGCACGGAGGAGGGGGUGGGCCCCGCCCCCGAGGCUCUCUCCAGCGCAGAGGGGAGGAGCCUGCGAAGCGAUGAAGUGCCUGAGCGGAACUUUCACACGGCAGGAAUAGGUUUCGGGAUGAUGGCGAUUUGUGUCGUCUUGUGAAAAGGCGGAGAGCGUUGUCACAGUUGCCAAAUUCUGAUAAUAAAGAUGAUUGGUGUAAAUGCUGG